AUGCAAAUCUCAGCUAGUACCUCAGCAUUCCUGGGGCUGCUCCUUCUUCCUUUUGGCAGUGUCGAUGCCCGCCAUGGACACUCACCGGCAAGUCAUGAUCUGGUGCGUCGUGGCUUGGACGCCUCCCGCGAUUAUCCAGGCUUUGAUGCAUUGAAAACACUCUUCAUCUUUGGCGAUUCGCUUUCCGAUACUGGAUUCUCUAGAUCAGAUGGCCCAUUACCUUCUUCUGAAAGUCCUCUUGGUCAUCCAGCAUUCCCUGGCGCAACGACUGCGUGGGGUGUCAAUUGGGUGGGAGCGUUGGUCAAGAAUUACAAGGUGAACCUGGUCGCCUGGAACUUUGCUAAAGCGGGCGCAGUGGUUGACAAAGCUCUUUCCAGGGUCCCACGGCCGGACUUCUCCGAGCAGCUCGCGGUAGUCAAGAAGGACUGCACCGGCGUCGGAUCCAGUGUCGAGUGGGCCAAGAACGACACUCUGUUCCUGUCAAUGUUUGGGCAAAAUGAUCUUACCGUCCAGCUUAUUGAGGGCUUUGACACGCUCACGAGUGCUCCUACUGUCCUUCAAUUCGAGGAAAAUGUACUGGCCAUGACAGUCAAAAUCAUGGAUCAAUACAUGUCCAAUUGGCUCGACCUCUACAAACUUGGUACACGUAAUUUUGUUGCUAUCACUCCCAUCCAAUUUGAGGCGAUUCCCGAUCAAUUGGAGCGUGUGCAAAAAUUGACUAAUCUACAUGGCAACUCCACUGGAGAUGCUUUUCUGGCAACCCUGGGUCGGAUUGCUGCAGAUUUCAAUGCGCAGCUCAAGAAGCGUACUACUGCCUUCCAGGAGUCUUAUCCAGGAUCAACGGUCUUCUACGUUGACGCUGCUUCGGCCAUGAGAGACGUCAUUGCACAUCCCGAUGUAUAUGGCUACAAAAAGACGGACACCUUCUGUCUCGCGUAUCGACGCUUCUGUUGGAUGAACUACAAGCUGAUCGGCCCCAAUUUUCCGGAGCCUCCAGCUGCACUGAAAGCUACAUGCCAUGGAUUGGGUGUGCCUGAAAUUCUAUGGCUUGAUGAUUGGCACCCGACGUCGCGAUUCCAUCUUCAUUUGGCCGACAAGCUUCACGGUAUCCUGUCGCUUUAA